CGAAAAGUAAGAGAGCAAAAAUAAAAUAAAAUAAAAAAGCAAGAGAGCAUAAGAGAGUGAAUAGAAGAAGGAAAGGAGAGAGAAGAAGGGAAAUCAUACUUAGAUUUUAAAGAUCAAGGAUGGAUACACUUCCUCUUCUAACUCCACACAAGAUGGGGAAAUUUGAUCUCUCCCACAGGAUUGUUCUGGCUCCAUUAACAAGAACAAGAUCCUAUGGAAAUGUUCCCCAGCCACAUGCCAUUUUGUACUACUCUCAAAGGGCAACAAAGGGGGGGCUUCUAAUUGCUGAGGCCACAGGGCUCUCAGACACUGCGCAGGGAUAUCCUGAUACUCCUGGUAUAUGGACUAAGAAGCAGGUGGAGGCAUGGAAACCCAUUGUGGAUGCUGUGCACAAAAAGGGUGGUGUCUUCUUUUGCCAAAUUUGGCAUGCUGGGAGGGCCUCCACUUAUGAUUUACAACCUAAUGGACAAGCACCAAUCUCAAGCACGGAUAAGCCAGUGACACCUCAAACAAUGCCCGGGGGUUAUGUUAUGACUUACGCUAAUCCUCGGCGAUUAGGAACCUGUGAGAUUCCUCAUGUCGUCAACGAUUAUAGAGUUGCUGCAAAAAAUGCCAUUGAAGCAGGCUUUGAUGGGGUCGAAAUUCAUGGAUACCUACUGGAGCAAUUCAUGAUGGACAACGCGAACGACCGAACAGAUGAGUACGGGGGGAGCCUCGAGAACCGGUGCCGCUUUGCGCUGGAGAUCGUUGAAGCGGUCAUCGACGAGAUCGGAGCUGAUCGGGUCGGAAUGAGGCUGCAGCCCUUUUCCGACCAAUUAGAUUGUUGGGAUUCUGAUCCGGAAGCCGUAGGGCUCUACAUGGUCAAAUCGCUAAACAAGUAUAACAUUCUGUACUGCAACACGGUUGAGCCAAGAAUGGCAACUACGGAGGUGCGGCAACAAACCCCUCAUAGGCUUCUUCCCAUGAGGAAAGCUUUUAAUGGAACUUUUAUUGCCGCGGGAGGAUACGAUAGGGAGGAAGGGAACAAAGCGGUGGGCGAAGGUUAUACCGAUCUCGUGGCUUACGGACGUUGGUUCUUGGCUAAUCCUGACUUGCCAAAGCGAUUCGAGCUCAAUGCGCCAUUGAAUACGUAUGACAGGCGCACUUUUUAUGGUUCCGAUCCGGCUGUCGGAUACACAGACUACCCAUUUCUCGAUUCUUCUGAUUGAGAUUCUCUAGCCGGCCCUGUUAAUGUAUGAAAUAUGUGAUAUAGGAGAGCUGAAGAAAUUAAUUUUGAGGGAUCAAAAUCUUUAUUCUCACCUUGAAUUCUCUACUGUGCUGUAUUCGAAGUCGAAUUCUUUACUUACAAUUUUGAUACAUGAUCCCUUGAUUUACACGUUGCAAUAUUAGUUA